AUGGGCCGAGGGGUGCGCGUGCUGCUGCUGCUGGGCCUGCUGCACUGGGCCGGGGGCGGCGAGGCCAGGAAGACCUGGCGGCGCCGCGGCCCGCAGCCGCCCCCGCCCCCGCCCCCGCCCCCGCCCCGCGCCGAGGCCGCCCCCGCGGCGGCGCAGCCGGUGGAGAGCUUCCCGCUGGACUUCACGGCCGUGGAGGGCAACAUGGACAGCUUCAUGGCGCAGGUCAAGAGCCUGGCGCAGUCCCUGUACCCCUGCUCGGCUCAGCAGCUCAACGAGGACCUGCGCCUGCACCUCCUGCUCAACACGUCGGUGACCUGCAACGACGGCAGCCCCGCCGGCUACUACCUGAAGGAAUCCAAGGGCAGUCGGCGGUGGCUUCUUUUUCUGGAAGGUGGCUGGUACUGCUUCAACCGGGAGAACUGUGACUCCCGUUAUGACACCAUGAGGCGCCUCAUGAGCUCCAGGGACUGGCCGCGCACCCGCACAGGCACCGGGAUCCUGUCCUCCCAGCCAGAGGAAAACCCCCACUGGUGGAAUGCCAACAUGGUCUUCAUCCCCUACUGCUCCAGCGAUGUCUGGAGUGGGGCUUCGUCCAAGUCUGAGAAGAACGAGUAUGCUUUCAUGGGCGCCCUCAUCAUCCAGGAGGUGGUCCGAGAGCUCCUGGGCAAGGGGCUGAGUGGGGCCAAGGUGCUGCUGCUGGCAGGGAGCAGCGCGGGGGGCACAGGGGUGCUGCUGAACGUGGACCGCGUGGCCGAGCAGCUGGAGGAGCUGGGCUACCCGGCCAUCCAGGUGCGGGGCCUGGCGGACUCGGGCUGGUUCCUGGACAACAAGCAGUACCGCCGAACAGACUGCAUCGACACCGUCACCUGUGCGCCCACGGAGGCCAUACGCCGAGGCAUCAGGUACUGGAACGGGGUGGUCCCGGAGCGCUGUCGGCACCAGUUCAAGGCCGGCGAGGAGUGGAACUGCUUCUUUGGCUACAAAGUCUACCCAACGCUGCGCUGCCCGGUGUUUGUGGUGCAGUGGCUGUUCGAUGAGGCUCAGCUGACCGUGGACAACGUGCACCUCACGGGACAGCCUGUGCAGGAGGGCCAGUGGCUGUACAUCCAGAACCUGGGCCGUGAGCUGCGGAACACGCUCAAGGAUGUGCCGGCCAGCUUCGCCCCCGCCUGCCUCUCCCAUGAGAUCAUCAUCCGGAGCCACUGGACGGACGUCCAGGUGAAGGGGACCUCGCUGCCCCGGGCGCUGCACUGCUGGGACAGAAGCCUGCAUGACGGCCACAAGGCCAGCAAGGCCCCGCUGAAGGGCUGCCCCGUCCACCUGGUGGACAGCUGCCCCUGGCCCCACUGCAACCCCUCUUGCCCCACCAUCCGGGACCAGUUCACCGGGCAGGAGAUGAACGUGGCCCAGUUCCUCAUGCACAUGGGCUUCGACGUGCAGACCGUGGCGCAGCAGCAGGGCCUGGAGCCCAGUACGCUGCUGGGGAUGCUGAGCAGCGGGAGCUAGGGGUCCCGCCCCGGGGAGCUGGCGCUGGGGCCGGCCACGCCAUGGGCUCCACUGCCCCUCCUAGGACGGACGGGGCCCCGGCUGGCCCCACAGCUGCCUUCACUGCCCCUCUACCACUGCCACCUGGAGCCCAGCCACAGCCCCCAGCCCUGCCUCCUGCCCACGCUGGGGAGCCCCAAGCACUGGGCUCCAGCCCACCAGCCCGGAAGUCCCCCGAGCCCAGCCCCAGCCUCUCUUGGCGUUUUGUAUUAUUUUAUAAAGUGACUUUUUUAUCACUUUAAUUUUUUUUAAAAGGAAAAUAAGAAAUAUAUGAUUAAUGAUA